AUGGCUACAGUGUCUAUGUCCCUGGUCUUUCAAAACCCACUUAUUUCACCAUACCAUUCUAAAACUAGGCCACUUCCUCGCAACCAAUCUAAUUGGUUUCAAGCUCCAACCAGUACCAGAACCAAACCCACUUCUUCUUUUUCAAGCAUCCGAGCUCAAUCUGGUACGGCUGCUCGCAAGGAGGAUAUUGUCAUAGUUGGCGCUGGAAUUGCUGGUCUUGCCACUGCACUCUCUCUUCACAGGCUUGGAGUUGGGUCCUUGGUGCUUGAGCAAGCAGAAUCACUUCGUACGGGUGGAACUUCACUCACCCUUUUCAAAAAUGGGUGGCGAGUUUUGGAUGCAAUUGGAGUUGGAAAUGAUCUCAGAACCCAAUUUCUUGAAAUUCAAGGGAUGGUGGUAAAGACAGAAGAUGGAAGGGAGCUACGCUCCUUCAAGUUCAAAGAUGAAGAUGAAAGCCAAGAGGUGCGUCCUGUGGAGAGGGGAAUACUGCUGGAGACUCUUGCCAAUCAACUGCCAGCGGGCGCGGUUCGGUUCUCAUCAAAGCUGGAGAAGAUUCAAAAAACAGAAAAUGGUGAAACUUGGUUGGAACUAGUAGAUGGUACUCAGCUAUCAGCAAAGAUUGUAAUUGGAUGUGAUGGGAUUCGGUCUCCUAUAGCUAAGUGGAUGGGUUUUCCUGAGCCCAAGUAUGUUGGUCAUUGUGCUUUUCGUGGCCUUGCAUAUUACCCUGGUGGGCAGCCAUUUGAACCAAAACUGAAUCAAAUCUAUGGAAGGGGCCAACGUGCAGGAUUUCUUCCUGUUUCUCCAACAAAAGUCUACUGGUUUGUCUGCUUCAACAGACAAUCUCCAGGGCAUCUUAUUGCAGGUCCAAAAAUUACUGAUCCGUCCGUGUUAAAGAAGCAAGCUACAGAACUAGUCAGAGACUGGCCUUCAGACCUAGUGAACAUCAUAGACAAUACCCCGGAUGACUUGAUCAUUCGAACACCACUCGUAGACCGGUGGCUGUGGCCGAACAUCAGCCCUCCAGUUUCAGCAGGAAGUGUUGUGCUGGUAGGAGAUGCAUGGCAUCCAAUGACCCCCAAUCUUGGUCAAGGUGCUUGUUGUGCUCUCGAAGAUGCAGUAGUUCUGGCAAGAAAGCUUGCAGGUGCUAUCAAGUCACGACCAGAUACCAUUGGAGAUGCUCUCAGCUCAUAUGGAAGUGAGAGAUGGCCUCGCAUCUUUCCGCUAACGGUUCGUGCAAAUCUUGUAGGGUCACUCUUGCAGUGGGAGAACCCUGUUGUGUGUUCUGUUCGGAACAAUGUCAUCUUCCCCAAGCUUGUUAGGUUAGGACCAUUGUUGGAGCAUACAAAUUUUGAAUGUGAGCCUCUACAAGCUCCAGUUGGGUAA